AUGUCUGAGGAGAUUGACAACAGUAAUUUCUUGAGUAUGAGAGAUAAAACUGAUCUGAUGACUUUACUCAAGUUCAUACUUAUCAAGCCUGCAUCUACCUCAGCAGCAGAGCGCUUUACUUAUGAGGGCUUGCACUAUACUAAUAGAUACCUCAAGAAGACCAGCAAUCAUAUCAUGAAUCAAGUGAAAUUCAACAUCAUAGACCCAUUAUCAGAUAUGAAAGAUGACUUUUCAAAGUCUGAUAAUGAGACAGAAAACUAA